AUGGUAAAGCCUGCACAGAAUAGCCCCCCUCCCACCUUGGAGGACGCGUCAGGCAUCACCAGCGAGCGUGAGCAGCUACUAUUCCAUAGAGACCAUACUGGAGAAUGGACGCACCGUGCCAGUACAGACAACGAUGAGCACUCGACCCGAUGCCAGGCUUGCGGGCGAGAUGACGUUAAUUCGACUUUCAGGCAGAAGUGUGCCCGAAUCCUUGAUUGCUCUUCCAGCGCAUUUGACGCUGGCAGUCGGUACAGUAGGUACGGUAAGAUCGACUCGUUCAGCCCUUGGUUCCCCGAAACCGAUCCUAAAAAUCCUCGAGCCCUAACCUGGAUCAAGAAGCUUUCACAUCGAGGAACGUCACUGUUCAUACAGAUAGUCAUCUCGACUGCGGUACUCAUAUUCAACAUCUCAGUGUUGAUCUACGCUGUGACAAAACUACUGGCGGCUCCAACGAGGUCCGAGGUCGACAUGGCGCACGACAAGGGAGAUUGGCUUGAUAUCGGAAUGCCGAGCCUUCGCAAUUCGUGGAAGAAGAGAAUCGCACGAAAUUGCAAAGCUGCAUGGACACUGUUCAUGAUCAGCUCAGUCCUCUUAUAUCUUGUAUGGAACUCCGCCGUCUUCGCGGCAAAACCGUUUAGCUCGUACCGAAUAGCAAUCGUCACCUCGGACUACCUUACGGACGCCGGACCGUGGCCGACUCAGGACAAUCAGACACUCUACAUGCUUCGAAAUACGGGAUCGCUCUCCCAUUUGAACAAAAGCCAAUGCAUUGAACGCUAUAUAAGCCCCAAUCCUGGGCAGAUGCACGUUCUGGUCGCCGCCGCUAACGUCACAAUGCAAGAUUACGCAUCCCUGGCGGGCGGCAAUGAUAGCUCAUCUCUUCUGUGCGAGUAUGACAAUUUUAAUGCAUACGCGCAGCCCGGAGCCCAGCCUGGAUCAUGGUGCACACCCGAAUUCCUCCUUGCCAAGGAGGUGGAGUGCACUCUAAAGGAGUACUCUUGGCUUAGAAAUGGAGUUGUUGACAUGUCUCUUUGGGUAAGAGUGGAUCACCGUCUCAGCGCCGGGGUCGAAUCAUUCGACAGCCUUUGCAGUUUGCAAUACAGCGCCCAAAUCCUGCUCGUGGUUUGUAUACUCAAUUUGGGCAAGUGCGCUGCCAUUUACUACACGGCCUAUCUUCAUAAUCGAAGCGACACAAACCCCAGAGACAAAGCUUCACUUGUCACCGUUGGCGAUGCUGCAGCAAGCUUUCUUGCGGAAGAGGAUCUCACUACUGAACACCUAUCAUUUGCAAGCCGGGAGGAAUUCACUGGGAAAAAGUGGCCUACUAAACGCUCGCCGAGGUUAUAUCCAGGACCGUCACGGUAUGCCAUGCCCUGGUUCAGAGCUGCUAGCAGCACCCGGUGGCUUGUGACCCUAGCACUCUGCGUUGCCGUUUCAGUGGUUGUUGCUGUGCUUCUUGCCAAGGGCAUUGAUGCACAACGAAAUCGUGCCAUUGCCGUGACUAUCAGAUCGAUGACAGCUCAUGGCCUUGGUACUACGCAACCAUACGCCGCAGCAUUUGGGACCCUUGCAAGACACAUGAGCCAGCUUGCUGGUUUCUAUGUCGCGACUCUGUUCGCGGAUAUGUGGCAGAUAAGCAGGACAAUUCGUGCACUGUACCUCCUGUACAACGGCCUAUUAACCAAUAUGCUGGUUGCGGAUGAAUUGAACGACUUCAUCAAAGAACGUUACCCGGAAUGUGGGCCAGGCACUGAGCUGGACGUGCUUACGUCGACUAGUGGCUGCAAAGAAAAUCACCGCGAACUACGUAUUGAUCUCGGACCAGCCCUCGAGGUGCCCAACCAAAGCCAGGAGGUUUCUCCUCACGACGGCGCUAGCAUUGGAGAACAGCGAGGUGAGUCCGAUGAUACACCGGCACCGCUAUCAAGGUCGCAAAUCGGUGCUUGA